GACAACGUGAUCAUACCUCAUUCUAUUGAACUUGUUAAGCAACUGGGAUUAUUAAGGAACACACAGACUUAGUGGCUCUACUUUAUUGGAAAACAAAGUUCAAUCUCAAGGAAGUUACACGGAACAAGUCCUUGAUGAAGAAUAAUUUUGCAAAGUUAACUUAUCCAAUAAUGGGAAGUGGGAGAAAACUUGUACAAGAUUCAACCCAGACAGAGUAAAAAUGAAGUGGCUCCUUGCUUUAGUAUACCUAAUACUAUUUGUGCAAUAUGGCAUUGGAUGGACAUCACAAUGCAGUGACCCUCACCCACUUUGGCCUCAAAUACAUAGAGAGUAUGAGAAGCGACCUAUCAGUGAUCCUUACUGUAAAGCAGGAAUAAUUCCGUUUUGCCCAACAGGACUGCCUUCCAAUUCAAUGCCUAAAGUUGGUGACAGUGACCUUCUGUAUGUGUAUGCGAUGAAAGCACCAGUCUGGGAAUUUAAAUUUGGAGAUCUGCUUAAGAAAUUUAACAUAAUGCAUGAUGCCAUUGGGUUUCAUCAUGUACCGACAGGUCUCAAUAUGACAAUGGAGUGGUAUGAACUUUUUCAACUUUUUAACUGCACGUUUCCUCAUGAGAGAAAAGUCGAGCAAGACCUUAUGUGGUGUAAUCAAGGUGCUGCAUGCAUCUACAUGGGGAUUGAUGAAAAGCAUUGGAAGGAGAAUGGAACCUUAGUUAAAGUUGGAGAAAUAAAUGGAACUAUAUUUAAUCAAUUUGCAAUGUGGACUGAACUAGAUAACAACACCUUUCCAUUUUAUGAGACUUGGACUGUUAAGGAAAGCAGACAGGGUGUCACUUGGUUUGAUCCAUUUGAUUGUGCUUCUUGGGUGCUACGGGCAUUUAGUAAACUUCAUGAAUAUGGAGCUACAUUCAACACGUCUGUUCACUUAAAUUAUACAAAAGCAGUUCUGUACUCAGACCAGCCAAUGUGUAUUGGAAAUGCCACAACAGUUUAUCAAAAUGUGACAAUCAUCAAUAGUCUCAAAAAGUUUUAUUCUUAUUUUCAAGGAAGUCAAAAUCUAGCUGAAGUUCUGUUGCACUUGUUGGAGUACUUACCUUAUUUUUUAAUGUAUAAUAAUUUUUACUUGUAUUAUAAUGAUGAAUAUUGGCAUUUACCUUUAAAAUAUCCAUAUAUAGAGAUUACUUAUGAUGAAGUACCUCUUCCAAGCUAGAGAUAUUAUAUUGUAACAUAAUUCAUAAGACUCAUGUCAUCAAUGAAAAUUACACUGAAAAUGUUUUAUUAUUUUUAUAAUAACCAAAACUGCUCCUUAAAUUCCUUGUUUUCUGAUGACAUUUUGUGUAUUUGGUUUGCUUAUUUAGGUCUAAUGUAUUGAGUAGGCAAUAUCCUAAGGCAAUGUCAUAACCUUUAUUUCUAUUUUUAAAUAGUUUUUGUGGAUAUUUUCAAUUUUUAAAACAACAAAUAUGUUAGAAAAUUUAUACAUUUUGAGGUAUAAAGAUACUUAUUGAUGCAAUUAAUUAUUUAGUAGUUUUCAUGGUUGCUAUUAAAACUUCAAUAGAAAUUGUGAAAAUAUUUUCUCAUAGUGUAAAGGUAUAUCACCAUUAGAAAUAUUUAAUUAGUACCCUUUCCUUGAGCGUCAGUGAUUUCACUAAUCUGAAAACACUAUUUGGUGCUGAAUGAUUUGAUGUAGAUUGAUUCUGUACAAGUAUUUUCUAUGUUUAAUGAUUUGAUGUAGAUUGAUUCUGUACAAGUAUUUUCUAUGUUUAUUUAUUUGUUUUCCUCCAAGGAAAAAAAAAGAUUUUGAAGGCCAAGUCAUUUCAUCUAGUCAUUGCUGUUAUUUCAUUGAUUUCCAUGGCAACCCAUUUCAUAGCCUUGAAUAACAUUUUACUGGGGAAAGUUUUUAUAUAGACAAAGAAAAGUGUUUGUUUUUUUCUUCACUUACACCUGUAUUUGUAAAGUAAUGUUUUAUCAUUUUUAGCUAACUGGUCCUGAAACUCUUUGUUAGCUGUGAUAUCUAUUUAUAAUAAUCCUUAUAGAUAUUUUUGGGAUUGUUCUAUACUAUUUUUGUGGUAGAUAGUCAUACACAGGUGCUGAAGAUUUGCAAUAUUGACCUUACUAACGUUUAAAAAAAAAUUCUUAGUUGUUGUUGUUUUUUUAUGUUCUGAUUGUACUUUGGGUAAAACUUUCUUUUGUGUUUUAUAUUAAUUUUUACUGGCAUAAUUGAUACCAAAGUUUUUUAAAUUAUAAUUUUGAGUUUCGGGCUUAUCCAAAAUAAAAUUGCAAAGUUAAGUGUUUUAAUAAUAGACACUUCACUGUGUGUAGUGUUAGCAGUCAAGGUCCAUUUUUAUUGUUUUUAGACCUUGCUGUAUACAUAAAUCAUCCCUGAAAGACAAGGGUUUACGUCUGCAUAUUUCUCGAAGACAAGGGUUUAAGUCUACAUAUCCCUGGAAGAUGGGUUUAAGUCUGCAUAUCCCAUGUAGCAAGUACACCUGUAAUAAUAAUAAUAAGGCUUGUCUUCGAGUCCAGGGCAAGCAUAACCAUUGUCAGCAGGUGGUCGAUUAAGAUUUUCUUUUCGCCGUCUGUGUCUGUCCUCGGCAGCAGAUUUUCUUUUGGUUUCAAGUGUGUAUUCCGCAGCAUUUGUUUUUUUUUCUAAAGGGUUAUAAUAAUUUUUUGUGGAUGUGGCAAAAUAUGUAUGUCACAGCUGGGGUUGCGUAGCCACAGGAAAUACUGCAUUCCUCAUUAAUCUUCGGACUCGAAGACAAACCCUUUUUUAAUUUUUUUUUCACUUUUUUAGCAGGGUGGAAUCAAACGAUUCAAAUAUUUUAAGCUCUAUUCUAAGUGAAUAUAUUCGAUAAGAAGGAAUCAUUAACUUUUCCUUUAUGAAAUAAAAACCUUUCUAAAAAAACAAAUGGUCAGCUAACUAGUAAUAAAACAUGAGAUUUGAUAGGCCUACAGAGGUAUUGAAAUAAUUAUUUUAGCACAAGUUUAGUUUAUUUAGUUGUCAAAAAGGAAGUUUAGUUUAGUGUCCUUGACAUUUAGUUUAUCUUAAAAAUCUCUUUUAAGUGUGACUUCUAAGAAUGUGAACAUAUUGUUGUAACUGUAUUGGCGGAGUGAUAGAGUUAAUUUUGUUUGUGACCGACACACUAACACAAGCAAUGUAACAUGCUGCAUGGCAGUCAACUGUGCCCAGAGACAAUGCUAGUACACGCGAAUAUGACUAGUGUUAUAGUCAUGUGAUCGAAAGCCUUCGUUGACCGGAGACAUUGUAUAAGUACAGGUCAGCGAGGAGACCGGGACUGUCAGUCCACAGGUCAGUCCGGGUGGUGAGUCCUCGAGUGAAGCAGUACGAGUCUAGAAUGAGAUAGAGAGACAGUAGGGUUAGGUGCGACUGUACAGUGUAGUCAGUUUAUUGUGUUGGCAAUUGUGUCUAUAAUUUAUUUAUUUAUUCAUUAAAGUAUCAGAUUAUUUUGAA